AUGCGUUGCUUUUCCACUUUUGUGUGGUUGUUAACUACCACAUCCCUUGCUUUCCCUUCCGGCGACCAAAAUCAGAAUUACUACACCAAAACCAGUCUCCGCCCGCCGUCGAAUAAACGUUCAACAACUCCAACCAUAACUGGAAACCAUUUCACAAAGCAAGAAUUUUAUUGGCUUCACGAAAAGUCACUUACCGACGUCAAUUCUGAUGGGCUUAAAGAAACGACCAUCGCACUUAAAAACCUGUUUGGGAAAAAUAAUAUCCCUUGGGUUAUUUCCGGUGGCUGGGCUUUAAUCCUUUACGGGGAACCUGAACGAAUUACGCCUGAUAUUGAUAUUAUAGUUCAAACUACAAUGCCCAAUCUUAGAAAUGUUUUGGAAACCGAUAAACGGUUUCUUAUUCCCGUAGAAAAUUGGUGGCGGAACAAACUUCAUUUCCACGUUUUUUUCAAAACACAAAAUAAAUAUAUUGACGUGGAUAUUAUUAUAGCCGGUGAACAAAACUCGGCUAAGGAAGUCGCUAAAAUUUCCAAAUAUAUUUCAACGACGCACAAGAAUGCAAAGGUUUCUAUCCCUGUGAUACGGCCUGGCCCUCUUUUUGUUUCGAAGGUUCUGGGCCUGGCUUGGAUGAAACGUUGCAAAACCAGUCAAGAUGUAAAAGAUAUUACCUAUUUGUUAACGCGGCAUUGGAAAUACCUUUACAGAGACGGCUACAGGUUGUAA